GAAUAUUUGUGUUGUGGUUCAUACCCAUAGUGUAAUACAUCGAUAAUAUAUAUUAUCAUUUCUGGUUCUUGAUCUUAUCAAUUAUUCAAUUCACCUAACCCACGUGCGCCAAGAGAAGACGGGAUCAAAACAAAUAACCUUAAACAGUAUUCAUAGCAAACGGUUAACGCACAAUUUUAUUAUGACGGAAGACACAAGCUUAGUCGAUUCGACCAACAAAAAAAUUCCGUAUUCAACGAGAAUCAAAUACCUCAAUGAAAUUGCAAAGCCCCUGGCAACCAAAGCGCUUACAAAAAAGAUUUAUAAACUCGUUAAGAAAGCACAUAAAGAAAAGACUUAUUUAAGAGUUGGCCUGAAAGAAGUGCAACGAAGAAUCCGAAGAGGCGAAACGGGCUUGGUAAUUUUUGCUGGCGAUGUUUCACCAAUUGAUAUCAUGAGCCAUAUGCCUGGUGUAUGCGAGACAAAAAAUCUGCCAUACUGUUAUGUGCCUUCGCGCGAAGAUUUAGGUUCAUUACUGGGUGUUAAAAGAUCUGCAGUCAUGGUACUUAUUAGAAAGCAUGAAAAUUAUACAGAUUUAUAUGAUGAAUGUCAAAGCGAGAUCAAAGCUCUGCCCUAUGAUUUUUAGACCACUGGGUUUAGAUAUCAACUUUUUAUUAACUAAGAAUAAUAUUACAAUUAACUAUAAUUAAAACAAAAUAUAUUAUACAAGUAAAAUAAA